AUGGCAAGCACCAAUUCUAGCGUUCCAUCUCACAUAAAAGCUUGGGUGUACUCAGAAUAUAGGAACAUAGAAGAGGUUCUCAAGUUUGAUCAAAAUGUACCUACACCACACAUCAAGGAAGCCCAAGUGCUCAUGAAGGUUGUGGCUGCUGCCAUUAAUCCCGUAGAUUACAAGAGGGCUCUUGGCCAUUUCAAGGACAUCGACUCUCCUUUACCCACUGCACCGGGGUAUGAUGUUGCUGGGGUGGUGGUUAGAGUGGGAAAUCAAGUGAAGAAAUUUGAAGUUGGAGAUGAAGUUUAUGGCGAUAUCAAUGAGAUUACUUUGGACCAUCCAAAGACUAUUGGCUCUUUGGCUGAAUACACUGCUGUUGAAGAAAAAGUAUUGGCUCACAAACCCUCCAAUUUGAGUUUUGUGGAAGCUGCUAACCUCCCUUUGGAAAUCAUAACUACUUAUCAAGGACUUGAAGCCGCUGAGUUCUCCGCUGGAAAAUCUAUUCUUGUUCUUGGAGGUGCUGGUGGAGUUGGCUCACUUGUUAUUCAGAUCGCCAAGCAUGUGUUUGGUGCAUCUAAGAUAGCAGCUACUGCUAGUACUGGAAAACUAGAAUUGUUGAAGAACUUAGGAGCAGACUUGCCUAUUGAUUACACAAAGGAGAAUUUUGAAGAAUUGGCAGAGAAGUUUGAUGUGGUGUACGAUGCUGUAGGGCAAAGUGAGAGGGCAUUGAAGGCUGUUAAAGAAGAGGGUAAAGUUGUGACAAUAUUGCCUCCUAGAACUCCACCAGCCAUCCCAUUUUUGCUCACUUCAGAUGGAGCUUUGUUGGAGAAACUGAGACCUUACUUGGAGAGUGGAAAGGUGAAGCCAAUACUGGAUCCUAAGAGCCCCUUUCCAUUUUAA